GUGGCCUCCGCUCCGGGCGCCUGAAGGAGACUUGGGGAUUCCGGCGCUGCGGUGCUUGGGUCGUUUGGGAGUAGCCGCCGCCGCUUCUGCCGGCAACCCAUGAGGAAAAUGCUCGCAGCUGUCUCCCGCGUGUUGUCGGGCGUCGCCCAGAAGCCGGCAAGCAGAGUGCUGGUGGCAUCCCGUAAUUUUGCAAAUGAUGCUACAUUUGAAAUUAAGAAAUGUGAUCUUCACCGACUGGAAGAGGGCCCUCCUGUCACCACAGUGCUCACCAGAGAAGAUGGGCUCAAAUACUAUAGGAUGAUGCAGACUGUUCGCCGAAUGGAAUUAAAGGCAGAUCAGCUGUAUAAACAGAAAAUUAUUCGUGGUUUUUGUCACUUGUGUGAUGGUCAGGAAGCUUGCUGUGUGGGCCUGGAGGCCGGCAUAAAUCCCACAGACCAUCUUAUCACAGCCUAUCGGGCUCAUGGAUUUACCUUCACGCGUGGGCUUUCUGUCCGAGAAAUUCUCGCAGAGCUUACAGGACGAAGAGGAGGCUGUGCUAAAGGAAAAGGUGGAUCGAUGCAUAUGUAUGCCAAAAACUUCUACGGGGGCAAUGGCAUCGUUGGAGCUCAGGUGCCCCUGGGAGCAGGGAUUGCUCUGGCCUGUAAGUAUAACGGAAAGGAUGAGGUCUGUUUGACUUUAUAUGGCGAUGGUGCUGCUAAUCAAGGUCAGAUAUUCGAAGCUUACAAUAUGGCAGCUUUGUGGAAAUUGCCUUGUAUUUUCAUCUGUGAAAAUAACCGCUAUGGAAUGGGAACGUCCGUUGAGAGAGCAGCGGCCAGCACUGAUUACUACAAGAGAGGUGACUUCAUUCCUGGGCUGCGGGUAGAUGGAAUGGAUAUCCUGUGUGUCCGGGAGGCGACAAAGUUUGCAGCCGCCUACUGUAGAUCUGGAAAGGGUCCCAUACUGAUGGAGCUACAGACUUACCGCUACCAUGGACACAGCAUGAGUGACCCUGGUGUCAGUUACCGUACACGAGAGGAGAUUCAGGAAGUAAGAAGCAAGAGUGACCCGAUUAUGCUUCUCAAGGAUAGAAUGGUGAACAGCAAUCUGGCUAGUGUUGAAGAAUUAAAGGAAAUCGAUGUUGAAGUCAGGAAAGAAAUUGAGGAUGCUGCCCAGUUUGCCACUGCUGAUCCUGAACCACCGUUGGAAGAACUAGGCCAUCACAUUUACAGCAGCGACCCGCCUUUUGAAGUUCGGGGUGCGAAUCAGUGGAUCAAGUUUAAGUCCAUCAGUUAAAGGGAAACCGCAGGUCAUGGAUGGUGACACCUCCAACUAUAAGGGACUCUCUGUGUUCUCAAGAAAGUAUGUAGGCUAAGAUAGUACUUGCAUGUGUUUUAUAUAGUGUUGCAUUGAAAGAGGUUAUUAUUGCACAAUUAUAUAAAGGGUAUUUUAGACUUAAAAUUAUUUCCUUAAAAUAGUUCUAUUUCUUUUGAAAAGUAAUUGCUAAAUCGAAAAGCCAUUCCUACCUGUUCAACUCUGCCAUCAUUCGAGGGGAGUAGGGUCAUUCCCUGGAGCCUUGUACUCGCCUGUGUCCACCACCAAACAGCCCCCACUGUACACAGAGUGUGUGUGUGGAGGCUGAUGCCUCUUCGCACUGACCGUUGCUCAAUAAAACGCAAUAGUCAUUCUAUCCAGGCAGCGCAUAAAAGGACAAUUCCUUUUUUAAAUAAGACCACUCGUAAUCAGUUCUUUGUUUAUAUAUUAAAUACAAAAGAUAGUUUUUCUAUUUACAUUCAGUAUCAAACACAAGGCAUAUUCUUAACAUUUUAAUCUUUUUAAGUACGAGUUUAACCUAUCGUCUAGAACAGUGAUGCCAGCCUGUUAAACACCUGCCUCACCUUUCCAGUAAGUGCUAUAGGGUGUAUGGAAUUUUCAUCCAUCUUAAAGAAUGCCAUAAUACUCUGGCAUGUCAAAAUUAGGGUUCAGUCACUGUUCUCACAAUGCCUAAAGUUCCACUCACCUUUAAAACAUGUUAAGAAGUUAACAUGUUUAAAAAACCCAUCCCGGUAAUUCUUUAAAACUUCAAGUUCUUCAACAGUGGGGUUUUCCUUGUGUAAACUCAGUGAAAUUUGUGUGUAUGUUAACAGAAGUUUAAACAAAAAAGGAUGUCAGCCCUUGGCUUCUUCUAUCCCCUGGCUUAACCGACUGGUCCAGCCCCAUCUUGGGAUGCCAGGGACCCCCGAGCCUUUCUUCUGUACUGGGAGACUGCUGUCCAGAGCCUGCAGAGGAGCCCGCCACUAGGAAACAAUCAAGAGUGUUUUUCAGAGUCGUAAGAAAAGAUCAAAACACCACCAAAUCCUUAUGUAGCUCUUAGGUCAAAAGCUAUGGUAUGUAAUUCUACACUCGUCUAGGUUUGCCAAAAUGCAGCCCCUAACUUAAAUAGAGACACGUCCUCUUGUGUUUGUGCCCAGUAGCAACGGGAGGCGGCGUGCGGGGUACGUACAGGAGCGCCAGAUGGCUAACGUAAAGAGGGCUUGAGGGGGAGAGCCUUGUAUUUCACCUCCCUCUUUCUCACUCAUACCCGACUUUGUCCUAGGAAAACCCCAGGGCUGGGGCUGAGAUUAGAUAGUUUGUUCUCUAAGCCACGGAUAGGAAGCUAAUUUCAGCGAAGGGAAGUUACCAGCACUUUGUUUUCUACUGCUUUAUUUAAAAGCAUAAUCACAGGGAAAAAAGUCAUUUUCUAUUACAGUGUUUUGAAGCCAUUCUUACCGUAGUCUAAGGUGUCUUAGAUCUUCCUUAGUGAUGUCGUUUAGAAUAUCAGAAAGCGUAUAACCCUCUUCAACAAUCUGAAACAAACAUCAAAUACACAAGAUUAAGCUGCUAUUAUUAUUUGUUCUUACAGCAUAGGAAUGUUUUUUUGUUAUAUAAAUUUACCUUUUCUAUUGUACUCGCAUCUGCUCCUUUCUCUUGUAACCAGUCUACAAGCUCUUUAUCGGUUUUCUGCCCAUGAGACCCAGGAGAGGACGCUGGGUUCUCUGGAGUCUCUGCAGUGAUGAGAGAAUUAUUUUGUUGUACGUUCAUGUUUAACAGCGAAACUCUUCAAAGAUAAAUUGGAUGAAAUAAACUAUUCCAGAACGUAAA